AAAGCUUUUGUUUGCAACGAGGAGGAGGCAGAAUCGCAUCGGAAUUUGCGGCGCUCAGAUCUUGGGUUGUUUCGGCAACUUUUCAGAGAAUAAUUCCCAAACUUUUUAAGUCUACAAUUAAGGAAAUAUGGCCACUGAAGAAAAGGGUGAAAAAGUUGUACAGAUUGCUGCGAGGGAAAGAGGCCCAGGACCCGGUCGUUAUGGACUCCCUUCGAUGUUGGGACAUCAACAACAUGAUUGUAGAAGAGUCAGAAAGCCGGCUUAUUCAUUUGGUCAUCGCUUGGAAAAUUCAAUGUUCAAGAAAGACUGCAGUCCUGGACCUGGGUAUAAAGUUGAUCCACGUAUAACAAAGGAUGGAGUUGAUGGAACGCCAAGUUAUUCCAUUUUGGGGCGACAAAAAGAUACCAUGUCAUUCAAGACACCAGCACCAGGUUCCUACUCCCCAGAGAAGGUCCAUCCUCAAGGAGAAAGAUAUGCCCCAGCAUGGUCAUGUGGUGCACGAACAAGAUACAGAAAACGUGACUCCACUCCAUCACCCAACUCUUACUCACUUCCAGCGCUACUUGGAUCCAAGAUCCCAAACAGAUACUCAUCAGCAUCCUUCUCUAUGACUGGAAGAGCCAAGACAGGUGGAUUUGCUGAAGAUCUUGCUAAGACCCCUGGGCCAGGAAAUUAUAGAACAGUUGAUCCAGUAGUCUACAAAAAGAGGGACCCAGCUUAUUCCAUGAAUCAGAGAAGUUACAUGCCUGGAGAUUCCACUCAAAAGCCUGGACCUGGAGCCCACAGCCCUGAGAAGGUGUACAUAAACAAACCAUCAGCCCCGAAUUUUUCACUUGGAAUCCGUCACAGUGAAUUCAUCACACCUCUUAUCAUUGAUGUGACAGACUAAACAUUUACCUCAAAUUCCCAGUUCAUUUUUUUAUUCCUUUUCAUUUUGUUUUCAUCCUUUUUUUACUGGCAAUUUAGCCCCCAAACAAACCUGAAACAUUCUUGUUUUAAACUCAAGCUUGAAACUUUUUCUGGAUCCUUUUUUAAUCUUUUUGUUGAGCCGUAAGUUUUAAGAGUUGCAGUAAAGCCACAACUUUUGAUUCAUAUACUGCUAAAUUUGAUACUAAAUUUAAAAAAAUAAUUUAAUUGGGAUCAGGAUUAUUGUUUUGCAAAUCUAAUACCUCAAUACUAAUUGCUAAUCAUUUUCAGUGUGUCUCAACACUUGCCUCUUUGAUUUGAAAAUAUACAACACAUUAAUUGAAUGUUCCAAAAAUCAUAUAAGUUAUUACUUAAAGGAGUGCCUUUCCCUGACAAUAUGUUAUCUGUAAUUGAUGCAAGAGGAGUAAUCUUAAAUGCACUAAAGAUGUCAUGCAUUA